GAGGCACCUGCUAAAGGCUGCCCGGCUGCUGCUGCCUGCAUUGGCUCGGGCGCUGGCGAGACGUGGCCUGGCUGCGCUGGCUCGGGGCCGCUGCCAUGGGGCCGCUGCUGGCGCUGGCGCUGCUCGUGUGCGUGCAGCUGUGUGCGGGCUCCGGGGAGCUGCGUCUGGUGGGCGGCGGCGGGCGCUGUGCCGGGCGCGUGGAGCUGGAGCACGGCGGGGAGUGGGGCUCCGUCUGUGUCUUCGACUUCGACUGGGACGACCGAUGGGCCAGCGUGGUGUGCCGGCAGCUGGGCUGUGGCCAGGUGGCCAGGGCGUCCCCGUACGCCCCGUUCGGUCAGGGCACCGGGCGGAUCUGGCUGCAGCCCGUGUUCUGCAACGGCACCGAGAAUGCGCUGGAGGAGUGUCCGCACUUCGGAUGGGGACGGCACUUCUGCGGCCACGAGCGGGAUGCGGGGGUGACCUGCACAGAUGCCGUGGAGCUGAGGCUGGCGGGCGGCGACAAUCCGUGUGCCGGGAGGGUGGAGGUGAAGGUGCAAGGAUGCUGGGGCUCUGUGGGAGACGACAGCUGGGACAUGGAGGACGCUGAGGUGGUUUGCCAGCAGCUGGGCUGUGGCUCGGCUGCCGGUGCCUACUCUGCUCGCGAGAGCUUCGGCGAAGGGGACGGGCCCAUCAGUCUGGUGCUGGUGGACUGCCAAGGAUCCGAGGCUACUCUGUGGGACUGCGAGAUCCGUGGCUGGGGACCCUAUAAUGUCAGCAUCCAUGUCUGGGACACUGCGGUUGUGUGCAAAGGAUUUUCCCAGCUUGCCGGAGGUGCCGGAGCCUGUGCCGGGCAGCUGGAGGUGCGGCAGGGCCGGGCCUGGCUUGGUGUGUGUGAGGAUCAGGUGGACAUGAAGGCGGCCCAGGUGGUGUGCAGGGAGCUGGGCUGCGGUGAGGCGCUCGCCAUGGGCGGCAGUGGCCGGGUUGGGGCGGCACCGGGAUCGCUCUGGGACGGGGGCUUCCAGUGCAAUGGCACCGAGCCCCUCCUGAGCACCUGCGCUCGGCGUCCGGCCCCCAGGCAGGGCUGCAGCGGCCGUGCCAGCAUCAUCUGCUCCCCCUACACGGGCUUCCGCCUGGGGAACAGCAGCUCGGGAUGCUCCGGGCGAGUGGAGGUGGCCGUGAGGGGGACGUGGGGCUCCGUGUGCGCCAGCGAGUGGGAGCUGCCCGAUGCGCACGUCCUGUGCCGCCACCUGGGCUGCGGCCGCGCCCUCGCCGUGCCCCCGGGAGGCUCCUUCGGCAGCGGGGAGGGGCCGCUGCGGCCGGACACCUUCGGCUGCAGCGGGAGCGAGCGGCACCCGGGCCAGUGCCCCGUGUCUGUGCUGGGGAAGCCGCCCUGUGCCCCCGGGAACGCCGCUGCUGUCAGCUGCUCAGGUUUUGACUCCGUCCCGUCCCUGCGGCUGGUGGGCGGUCAGAGCUUGUGCGAUGGGCGGCUGGAGGAGAACAUAACCAGCCCGGCCUGGCGCCGUGUGCCUCUGCAUCAGUGGAGUAAAUGGGAUGCUCAUAUGGUGUGUGGGGUGCUGGGCUGUGGUAUGCCCAAGGACGUUUACACCGCCUUGGGAACGGGCGCUGCAUUGAACAGCAGCCACAGCAAGGGGGACAUCAUGACUGAAGAGGUGGACAACAUUUCGGGCAUGGGCUCUGUGCUGAGUAACAGCACUGAGGAGAUGGAUGGCAGCCGGGAGGAGAUGGAGGAUGUCUCACGGAUGGGCGCUGCACGAAACAGCAGCGUUGAGGAGAUCGUCGUCGUCUGCUCAAGCAGCCGGCAGGUGAGGCUGGUGGGGAGCUCAGGGCGCUGUGCCGGGCGCGUGGAGGUCUAUUCCGGUGGCAGCUGGAGCAGCGUGUGCCAGGAAGGCUGGGAGCUGCAGGACGCUGCCGUUGUGUGCCGGGAGCUGGGCUGUGGCACGGCCCUGGAGGCGCCGAGCUGGGCGCGCUUCGGUGCCGGCACGGGGCCGCUGUGGCCGUACAUGGCCGAGUGCUCCGGGAGCGAGGAGUCUCUCUGGGAAUGCGGGCGCUCGGAACAGCGCGAGUGCGGGCGCGGCCUUGGGGCAGGGGCCGUGUGCUCAGAGCAGAUCUCGGUGCGGCUGGCAGGCGGCCGUGGGCGCUGCCGUGGCUACCUGGAGGUGUCCUAUAACGGCACCUGGGGCCGCGUGUGCUCCAACGGCACCAGCACCGGCACCGCCGCCGCCGUGUGCCGCCAGCUGGGCUGUGGGCACCGGGGCUGGCUGUCGGCCGUCCCCGGCCAGCCGUCCCGUGCCUGGCUGGCCUGGGUGGGCUGCGAGGACGGGGCCCGCUCACUCUGGGGGUGCCCCUCGGCACCCCCGCAGCUGCUGCAGUGCGGCGCUGGCGGGCACGCCCACGUGGAUUGUGAGGAGGUCAGCGAUGGCAGCACCGAGACAGACACUACCCCAUAUCCGGAGGGUGCCAGCAGCACAGGUGUCCCCAGCAGCAGCACCCCGGCAGUGGGCGUGGGGACGGUGCCUGUGCCAACUGUGCUGUGCGUGGUGCUGGGGACGCUGCUGUGCCUGGCCCUGGGUGCCCUGGCCGUGCUGCUGUGCCGUGCCCGUGCCUGGCGCCGAGGCCAUGGCAGAGCUGCAGAUGCCAUCUCCAACGCUGUCUACGAGGAGCUGGACUACACGGCCAUGCCGGAGUACCAGGAGGUGCCCAGUGGCCAAGGUUCCCUGUCACAGGGAUGGGUCAAGAAGCUGCCGUAUUCCAGCGGGGACAGCGUGGAGGGCAGUGACACCGAGGCAGCCCCAGUGCCCCCUGCCUGGCCCCAGCAAGGAAUCCCAGAUGGCUACGACGAUGUCCUGGAUGUGGCUCAGGAUCCACCUGCUCCAGGCAGUGGGGAUAUAUCCAAGGGAGUGGCACAGCAGAGCUGGAUCUGUGUCCUCCCCACAGGUGGAAUCUCCUCGCCUCCAAGUGUCCCAGGAUCUACAAGGGACCCCUGGGAACAGCCCCCAGACCACUCGGACUAUGAUGAUGUCGGCAGCAGUGCCCUGGAGACAGCAUCAUGAGGAUUCCCUGGCCAUGCCCCAGCCCUGGGGACGUGUGUGGCAGUGUGGUGGGGCCCUGUCACCGGUGAGGUGUGGCCCUUUCCACCGAGGUCACCUGUGCCUGUUCAUUACUGCAGGAAAACAGCUGCUGUGCAGGGAUGUUCUUUGAUUUCCGUGUGAAUUUCCCUUUUUGCCUAUUAUAAACCCAGACUGGUCAGAGACUCACUCUGGCCCAGGC